AUGGAGAUGAACUAUGAUGAAAACACGCUCCAUCAGCUGGAGGAGGAGCUCCACACGCAAAUCUACCCGGGCACGGAAAUCAUGAGCGACGUCGGCACACACCAUUUCGUCAAGUCAUCAGAUAAAUCCGACCAGGUCUUGGUUCCGCAGCCGAGCGCUGACCCGAAUGAUCCAUUGAACUGGAGUCCCUUCUGGAAAGCCUCGGCCAUGACAAUGGUCACGCUCGUCAGCUUCGCGCAGGGCUUUGGUCCGCUCGCGCUGCCUCCCAUGUUUCCGCAGCUGAUCGAGGCGUUCGAAACCGAUCUCGCUGGCGUCGUACAGUUCGUCGGUGUCUGUAUCCUGGUGCUCGGGUUUAGUAAUUUCCUUUGGGUUCCCAUCCAAACAUCAUUCGGUCGGCGGCCGGUGCUCAUCUUCUCCACACUCAUCUGCCUGGUCUCCAAUAUCUGGCGCGCCGUUGCCAAAGAUUAUAGGAGUUUCAUGGGUGCUUGUAUCCUCAAUGGUAUUGGUGCAGGGCCGGCUGAGACCGCUCAACCCACCGUGAUCGCGGAUGUCAUGUUCCUUCACGAGCGUGGCGGAUAUAACACUCUUUACUUUACAGUGUACUUUGGAAGUUUGAUGGUCGGUCCCAUCAUCGCAGGACCCAUGACUGAGCAUUCAAACUGGCGCAACUUCUGGUGGUUGAACGUUGCUCUGCACGCCGUCAUCCUUAUCGGGCUUUUUUUCCUGUUCCCGGAGACGAAAUGGCACCGGGCACAUCCCAAAGAAUUGGUUCUCCAGAAUGCAACCCAAACAUCGAGCGACGAGAAAGUUCAUUCCGAAAGCCUGGAAGAUCCGGAGAAAGCCAAGGGAGAACCUCUCACUAAGCCAAUAACCGCCACAGCCGCUGAUGCACAAUUGUCCCAACUCACCGAAAGCGCAACCGCCGAACGAGACCCAUACCUCCACAAGGGCACCCCAGCGAAAUGGCAGUUCAAGCUCUGGCAGAACAAUGCACACCCAAUCAAGAGCAUUUUGCUCGAUCUCUGGAUCCCAUGGAAGCUGUUCGCGUUCCCCAUCGUAGAAUGGAGCUCGUUCGUCGUUUCCUGGUCCGCCAGUUCCUUCCUGACCAUCAACUUGACACAAACCCAGAACUUCGCUGCACCGCCAUACAACUUCAGCUCGCAGAGUAUUGGCUUCACGAAUUUCGCCAUUCUCGUCGGUGCUAUCAUCGGUCUCGCGACGAACGGUCGGCUUAGCGAUUGGAUUGCGGCGCGCGCCACAAGGAAGAAUAAAGGUGUCAGAGAACCGGAGAUGAGAUUGCCGACCCUCAUUCCGUACGUGAUCAUCAUGUUGAUUGGAAAUUUCGUCGUGGCUUUCGGAUAUGAGCAUAAAUGGGACUGGAAGGUAAUCGUCAUCGUCGGCUAUGCAUGCGCAGGCAUCCAGGUAGCAGCUAUUCCCGCCAUCGCAUCGACAUACGCCGUAGAUAGCUACAAGCCCGUGGCUGGUAGUAUCUUCGUGGCCAUCACCGUCAACAAGAACCUGUGGGGCUAUGGUUUCAGCAAGUUCAUCACCCCCUGGAUCAUCUCAGCCGGAUACAUCCCUCCCAUCAUGCUCAACAUGUCUCUCAUCUUCCUCUGGUGCGCUUUCGGCAUCUUGUUCUACUUCAUGGGCAAGACUUUCCGCAAAUGGACGAGAAAUGAUUCCGUCCAUAAUUUGUGA